CACUAAACGGAGCCCCGGCUAUUGAUUUUUUCAUUUCUUAUAUAUUUCACAAAAGGACGCCUGUUUUGGGUUUUUCAAAUUUUUCUGGUCCAUUUCUUCUGAUUUCGCGUUCUCAGAUCUCUCGCUAAACCGUCGAACAUGUCCAAACCCUGGGGUGUUAUCGGCGCCUGGGCCGCCGAGGCCGAGCGAGCCGAGGCUGAGGAGCUCGCCGCCGCCCAAGCCGCCGAGUCCCAGAGCUUCCCCAGCCUCAAGGAAGCCGUCACCACCAAGCCCAAGAGCAAGAAGAUGACCCUCUCCGAAUUCACCAUGGGCAGCAGUUUCUCCUCCGCCGACUCCACCCGCCUCACUCCCGACGAGAUGCUCCGCCUCCCCACCGGCCCAAAAGAGCGCUCCGCCGAGGAAAUGCAGUACGGCGGCCGCCUCGGCGGCGGGUUCUCCUCCUACGGCCGGCCCGGGCCCAAUCCGGGUCGGGGCAGGGACCGCGAGGACUCAGAUGGGUCGUGGGGAGGAGGUGGCAGAAGAUCCUACGGUGGAUUUGAAGACGACCGGAGGGGUCCGCCUUCUAGGGUUUCAGAUUUGGAUUUGCCGUCUAGGGCUGACGAGGUCGACAAUUGGGCUUCGACGAAGAAGCCUAUACAGUCAUUCGAUUCCGGUCGACAAAACCGGUAUGCCUCGCUCGGCGGAGGCGGUGGUGGUGGUGGUGGAGGUGUUGGUGGUGGUGCUAUUGGUGGAGCUUUUUCUAGGGCUGACGAGGUUGAUAACUGGGCUACUGGGAAAAGGCCUGUGCAGCCCGGCCCUCCAGCUAGAUCAUCCACAUUUGGGUCCGGGUUUCGUGAUUCGGGUCCCGAGCCUGAUCGCUGGGCUAGAGGAGGAGGAGGUGGUGGUGGUGAUGGGGUUGAGAGAGAGCGGCCUAGAUUGGUUUUGGAUCCCCGGAGAGACGUAGGGUUGAAUGAGCCACCUGCGGUGGUGAAGACCAAUAAGCCAAGCCCGUUUGGGGCAGCAAGGCCUAGAGAGGAGAAUUUGGCCGAUAAGGGCUUGGAUUAUAAGAAACUGGACUCCGAAAUUGAGGCCAAGAAGACGAGUAGGCCUUCCAGUGCACAUUCAAGCCGGCCUUCCAGUGCGCAAUCGAGCAGGUCUGAGGGUCCUGCGCUGCAUGGGAUUGAGAAUGUGGUAAAGCCGAGGCCAAAAGUAAACCCUUUUGGGGAUGCCAAGCCGAGGGAAGUGUUACUGGAGGAGCGAGGUAAGGAUUGGAGGAAGAUUGAUCAACAGUUGGAGCAUCGCUCUGUUGACAGACCCGAAACUGAGGAAGAAAAAAGAUUAAAGGAAGAAAUAGAUGGCUUAAGGAAGGAACUUGAAUCUAAAAAUAACAUGCACAGUGAAACUGUGCAAGACUCUAGUGGAUCCCAGCCAAGUCUACAUGAUAUUGUACUUCAAAAGGAAAGGGAAUUGGAGUUGCUGAUCCGCGAUUUGGAUGACAAAGUUCGCUUUGGGCAGAAAGCCAUUGACAGGCCUGGGUCCGGAGCAGGCAGGCCUGGGUCCGGGGCAGGCAGGGCUGGCAGCUUUCUUGAAAGAACACCGUCUCAUUCUGGGUCAUUUGAAGAUUCCAGAAAUAUGGAAUAUAUGGAUAGACCUCGAUCGCAUGGCAAAGGAGAUGCGUGGGGAAGACCUUCUGAUGACAGAAGGGGAUUCCAAGGUAACAGGGAAAGGGGAUUUCAAGGUAACCGAGAAGGAGGAUUCCAAGGUAGCAGAGAAGGAGGAUUUCUAGGGAACAGAGUCUUCCACAGGUCAAGUUCAAGAGAGAGAUGGUGAACAACACAAAUGUCUAUGGAUUCAUUGAAUUAAUCUUCUACCUUUGACAAGCAGAAUCAAAUAAUUUUUGUUUUCUUCAUUUUGCUCCGGGAAAUGGAGCAAGUAUUAUUGAUUACUGGCACCGGGAGAAACUCUUGCGUUGAUCUAUUGUUACAUCUUGAACCUCUGUAAAAUUGCAAUUUUCCCUUCAUUUUCCUUUGUCUGUUCUGUAUCAAGGAGCCUGUAUUGAUCUUAGGAUCCAAUUUUACUAAACACUAUGGGACUUGCUAGACUAUUUUUGUGACGAC